CUGUUUAGAGGAACUAUUUCACAUAAAUGAAAUUGAUCGACUGACAGAAGGGUAAAAUGCAUCACUACAUCUUUCAAUGGGUUUCUUUUUCUUAGCAGAGAGAGAGCACGCAUGGCUGGUCGAGGAGGGAAUGAAUCUGCAGCAGCCGAGGGUGAACCGAAGAACCUUCCAUCUGACAUCGAAAGCGCUGGUGAAAAGCUUGUGGAUUGGCUUACAAAUCCCAAAGUCGCUUUUAUUCGGGGGUUUGAGGGAGUGGGGAGAUGGAGCAUUGCCGAACAUGCAAUUCAAAAGUCAAAACAUCUCUUCGAUGUACAUAUACAGGUAAAGCUACUGGUAGAGGAUUUUAGUCUUCAAAAGGCGCAGAAGGAAAUUGCGAGCAAAUUGGGGAUGACGACGUCAACGGAUGUUGACGGUGUUGACGAAGAUGGAAUAGAUACCCAAGCUGCGACUGAAAUCUGUACUUAUUUGAUGGGGCGGAAGUUCUUGCUUGUGAUAGGAGAUGUGCCGAAAGAUAUCGAUUUCAAACUUAUUGGAGAUCCACAUCUCAGAAGGGUGUUGCAAAAUGGUUCCGAGAUUGUACUCGUCGGACCCAAUGACUUGAAAUCCAAUGUGGCCAUUAAGUUAGAGGACUUGUCGAUGGAUAUGUUACGAGCAGAGGCAUCAGAUAUUGCUAAUUGUCCUCUGAUCAAGGGCAGUUUCACUCCUGACACUGUCCUGGAUUGCUUCUUUUACCUCUUGCUAUUCCCGGAUUUCUCGAUUGGUGUUCGAUGGCUGAGAUGGCGUUGGAGAGCUGAAGGAUUUAUUAUCACGGAAGAGGGUGAAGAAGAGGAUUUGAUGAUGUUCGACAAGCUGGACGCUCUGUUGAGGGAGCUUCAUGUUCGUUCCAUGGUCGUGUACGAUAAUGUAAAUGUGGAAAUGCCAAAAUCGGUAGCUGAGAAAGCUAAAUCUCUGGUGAUAUCGAGACAGAGAAGAGCUUCAACUCAUGGUAGAUUCUGGAUUGAAGAUGGUUCCCUACCAAUGGAGGAUGAUGAGGUGGAAGACAUUCAGAGGAUGGUGGUAUUGAAAAUUCCAAAACUUUCACCUCUUCCUCAAAAAUGCUCCAAACUCUCCACUUUAUUUCUUUCUGGAGGAGAUCGUAUGAUCGAGAUACCAGAAACCUUCUUUGAGCAAAUUCAAGGCCUCCGUGUCCUCCAUCUUGAUGGCAUUGUAAACGAAUCUAUGCCCAAAUCUGCUUCGUGCUUGCACAAUCUCAGAUUUUUGAGGCUGACAAGCUGCCCUCAUUUACAAACACUCCUCUCUUCAUUCCAGAUUUUUUACAAACUCGAGUCCCUUGAACUUUCAGGUGAACUUUAUUCUAUCCCAUCAAUACCAGAUGAAAUCUUUCAGCACAUGAAAAAUCUCCGUUAUCUCCUUCUUGAUGAAAUGCAAGUCACUUCACUGCAUUCCUCGAUUUCCGUACUGCACAACCUACGGCAGCUCUGUUUAACUAAUUUCAGAUAUUUAGAAAGAAUCCCAGAUGAGUUCUUUGAGGAUUUGAGGCAGCUUCGUACCCUCUACCUGCGUGGGAAUUCUAUGAUGGAAUCUCUACCAUCUUCAAUCUCCGAAUUGGUCAAUCUUAAGGAACUCAUAUUGGAGGAUUGUUCUUCCUUAAAGAUGAAUUUGCUGCCUCAUUUACGAAAGCUCUCAAAACUUCAGACGCUUUGGGUUUCAAGCUCUCAGUCCGACUAUUUCCAAGAUUAUUCUUUAGCGGCGGGAGGUGUCUUGCCAAAACUCAAACAUGUUUGGAUUUCCACAGAAAAUACCAUUCCAAGUAUUUCCGUUAAAGGUGAUCUAAUCACAGAUUCUUUAGAUUUAUAUAUGAUGAAAGGACUUGAAGUUGUUGAUAUUUCGAGUACCAAUCUCGAAACACUGCCUGAGAAUAUGUCCACAGUACGCCAUCUAAAGCGCCUGGACAUGCUAGACAUGAAGAAAAUUCGCAAAAUCAACUGGGAUGAUAUCACUACUGAGCUCGAAGAGCUCAACUUUAGCCAGUGCGGAAACUGGGAAUCUUUAAAUGUCAACGAACAGCCAGGAGAGAGAGGUGGGGCUCGCAUAAGGGUAAGCAAUUCCAAACUCUUACAAUCUUUCAGCCCAUCCUCAAAAUUGUGGGAUUCAAAAUGCUUCUCUCGAUUCCACAUCUACAUCGCUCCUUGCCAAGAAGACGAACAAGAAAGAGGUAAAUCCAUCCAUCUCCAGAGAAAGCAAUUCACAUAUGACAACAUUCAUUCCAAGAUCCGAACAAGUGACUUACCAGAUUCGGGAAGCCAUUUUGACAAGUGCUUAGAGAUCCGAGGAGGUCGUACGUCCCCAAGCGGUAUCCAUGGUGUUCUCAGUCGUGUGGAAUUACUCACUCUGCGCGACAAUGCCGCGAUCCAAAGAUUAUCAGAAAUGGGUGAUGUCCAUAAAAUGAAGGAACUGAAAGAAUGUCGGAUCAAGAGGUGCGAGCAGAUGGAGAUUUUCUUUGAAGGAGAUAAUGCAAGUUCCGACUGUUUAACUCGCCUUGAAAAGAUUUGGAUGUCGAACCUUGCAAGACUGAGGAGCCUGUGUGAGGGAACAUAUGCAAGCCGGAGCUUUGCACUUCUAAAGCACAUACAUUUGGACUAUUGCCUGAGACUUGUCACCGUCUUCUCCUCAAGUGUAUUCCUACAAAGCCUGGAGACGCUCGAGAUCAAAAACUGCUGUAAACUGAAGGCUGUGUUUGAAGGGGAUGCUGCGGCAGAAGGCUCCCUUCAACGACUGCAAACGGUGUUUCUAUGGGAGCUACCGAGGCUGGAGAGUAUCUGCCAUGGCACGUACUUGUCGGCAUUGAAGAAGCUGCAGGUGAGGGGAUGUGGGAUGCUGAAGAAGCUUCCUCUUCGAGCUAGCGACAUGGCUGCUGCUUCUACUUCAACUGGUGGUGGUAGAGUGGAGGUGGAAGGAGAGUCGGAAUGGUGGGACCAUCUCAAGUGGGAAGAUAAGAGGAUUCAGCACAUCAUCAACUUCAAAGAUCCGCGCCCUUUUACAGAGCGUAGAUGA